UUGAUAUUUUUAACUUUGUUAGUGAUAAUGUAUUUAAAAGUCAAUACGUAUGUAGUAUAUUUGUAAUUUGAAUGUAAAUUAUUAGAAAACAACCGUAGGAUUACUACAACAUAACAAUGUGCAACGAUAGAGGAGCUCAUGUUAGACAAUUUUAGAAACUAUUUCGGAACAUGUGAUGUCAGUCAUUAAAAUUAUAUAGAUUUAUACAACAGUCCCAUUGGUGCUAAAGUGCAAUAUAAUACCUACAUUUUAUAACUUGUUCUAAAAGUACAGUGCAGUUGUUAUUCUUUAUACAUUAAACAUGGAACUGCAAUAGGAAACACCAUGAAAAUUCACCCAAUUAUAAUAUUAUGUUCGUGAAAAUUUCAAUUUGUCGUGUAUGAAACAUUCGAUUUAACGACUUUGGAAUGAUAAAAAGAAUAACGCGGAAACAAAACAAUUGCGUUCAGCGUUAGUGUGAUGUUUAUUUAUUAUUAAUAUAUUUUUGUUGCGUAGGUAUUAUGUUUUCAUUUUUAUUUGGGUUCGUGGUUAUAAUAAUUUAUAUUGCGCACACAUUCAAUUUGUACGUGUUGAUAAUGUGUUUAAUGAUAAAAUUGUCGUGUCUAAUAUUAAAAUAGCUGUGUAAACUAUAAAUUGUACUAGAUUUCGGUGGGAAAAAAAUGAACAGUUAUAAAAUCAGCGAUUGGUGUGUUUCAGCAUGCAACCCAUCCUUUUAAGUCUCGUUUUAUGUGAUAUAACUGAUGUGUGUUAAUUUAGGGUAAAUUCCAAUAAUUAAAAAUGAAUGUUUGGUGUAGAUUACCAAAAAUACUAUUUAAAUUUGGUGCAAGUUACUUGAUGUUAUUUAAAAUAUUUUGGCACAGAUAACAUACAGACUUUAAUGUUGACCUAUAAGUUGCGCUAAUUUAUUACAAGUACUAAAAUUGGCAGAAAAUACCAUAAUAACCCAUAUUAAGAACUACCACAGUACUGCAGACUACGAUAAGGAGUAGAAAAUAGGAGCACGAUGUUCAUAAUAUUAUAAUAUUAUAAUAUUAUCUACAUCGUGAGUAGGAGGAAUGAGCUAUGAGUCUAAAUUAGUCGAAUAACUAGUAUAUUCUUACACAAUAAAAAAUGGAUGAUCGGUCCACCGAGGGUGUGCUGCCACCAAAUAAUAUAACCGAUUACCAGCAGGUAGUGGUUACGCCUUUGCGGUCAUACGGUAUAUUAUUUGUGUCACAAAAUUGAUUCUCAAGAACUAAUUAAUUUAUUAAAAUUUAAGAGUUCAUUUCUAGGAAAAAUGUUAUGAUUGUAAAAUUCAAAAUAGAUAAUAGAGUUUAGAAAAAUUGUUGUGUUAUAUUCACUAAUCUAAUAUUACGCUCUAUUUUAAGUUUAAAAACUAUUAAAAUAAGUAGAUACUGGCUUAAAAUGAGGUGAAGUCAGUCAAUUCUAAUCGAUUAUAAAUAGAAUAUUAUAGUAACCAAAUAAUUUAAUGAAAAACCAUUACGUAGUAAAUAAAUUAUUUAUCAAUAGAAGUAGGCCGUCAACAUACUAGAAAAAAAUGGAGAAGAAACUUUACCUGUGCGAUGUGUGCGACAAAUCUUUCACUUAUAACAGCAAACUGACGAUACAUCGACGCACACACACUGGUGAAAAACCGUACGAGUGCGAUGUAUGCGACAAGUCGUUUUCCAUAAGUGGCAAUUUGACGAUACAUCGACGCACACACACUGGUGAAAAACCGUAUGCGUGCGAUGUAUGCGACAAGUCGUUCAAUGAAAGUGGGAAUUUGACGAUACAUCGACGCACACACACUGGUGAAAAACCGUACGAGUGCGAUGUAUGCGACAAGUCGUUUUCCAUAAGUGGCAAUUUGACGAUACAUCGACGCACACACACUGGUGAAAAACCAUAUGCAUGCGAUAUAUGUGACAAGUCGUUCGCUGUAAGUAGCACAUUGAUAAAACAUCGACGUACACACACUGGUGAAAAACCGUAUGCGUGCGAUGUAUGCGACAAGUCGUUUUCCAUAAGUGGCAAUUUGGCGAUACAUCGACGCACACACACUGGUGAAAAACCGUACGAGUGCGAUGUAUGCGACAAGUCGUUUUCCAUAAGUGGCAAUUUGACGAUACAUCGACGCACACACACUGGUGAAAAACCAUAUGCAUGCGAUAUAUGUGACAAGUCGUUCGCUGUAAGUAGCAUAUUGAUAAAACAUCGACGUACACACACUGGUGAAAAACCGUAUGCGUGCGAUGUAUGCGACAAGUCGUUUUCCAUAAGUGGCAAUUUGACGAUACAUCGACGCACACACACUGGUGAAAAACUGUAUGCGUGCGAUGUAUGCGACAAGUCGUUCAAUGAAAGUGGGUAUUUGACGAUACAUCGCCGCAUACAUACUGGUGAAAAACCGUACAAGUGCGAUGUAUGCGACAAAGCGUUCUCUGGAAGUGGCAAUUUGGCAGCACAUAAGCGAAUACACACUGGUGAAAAACUGUAAUAAUAAAUAAUAUAUUUGUGAAGAAUUGAAAAAUUAUUGUAUUGGCUGUAUUGAUUUAAAUAAUUAACAUAUGUUUUACAAAUGACACCAUAAUUACAUUUAUUAACAAUUCCAAAAAAAAUAAUAAUUUUAUUAUUAGAAAGUAAAAACAAUAAUAAAUUACAAAUAACAUAUAAAUGUUUACCAACACUUAUAUAUGUACUAUUUUUAUAUUUAUAAAUAUUUAACUAGGUGGGUGGUACGUAUUUUAAACAUAAAAUCAUAAGACAAUAAUUUAUUGAUAAAUUAAACGUUAAUUCUGAGUAAGCGAAAAUAUGAUAAAAUAGUGUGUUGUCACUUUAUCAGUUAUCUACUUGCGUACUACACUACUACUACAGUAUAAAGAAUACUAAAGAAGAUUGUGACUAUGUAUUUUCACUAUUUUAAUCGAUUUAGGAACAAUUUAUCAAAAACAUUGUAUUAAAUUUUCAAAUUUUUUAACAAAGCAAUAAACAUUUGAAAAAAAAACAAG